AGCUCUCAGUGACAACUCGUCGCACAUAUUGGACGACAUCAUGGCGACAAGUCUGUUCAGCGUGGCGGCGCUUGUGGUGACGCUUGCUGCAGUGGCGCCGAUGCACACCGCUGCACACCCUGCAGUCGAUACGGAACUGUCGGCGCUGAAGCAGGAGAUGGCUCUUAGACAACAGAUCUUGAGCGACGUUGCCCAGGACCUGGACGCGGCCUGGAGAGACAGGGGCUUGGCCCUGGAAUCCCGAGAGAGGGCGCUGCAGAAACGAACGUUCGCGCCACUGAAUGGCAUGCAAGACGAGUCGCCGACCGCGAAGCGACAAGUCCGCUACCACCAAUGCUACUUCAAUCCCAUCAGCUGCUUUAGCAGGAAGUAAGAUGCAGGGGCAUCGUCUCGUCAAAGGCGGCCGUCUUUUAACAUCGACACCCGCUUGAAUGCUUUGAAUCAUUCUCACAACGACCAUGAUAAUAACGGUGGACUACAAUAUAAACUGGUUCAUC